GUGAGUCCUACUCCAAGUCCAGCUGCUCCGCACUACUAUUGGCACUGCAGCCGUCAGCUCCACCUCCAUCCAAUCACUACACUCCCUCUUGUCUCCAUUCACACUACACAAACUACACUCUUCACCCUUUUUCUUCUUCCUCAAACACUUUUCCAACAUCAUCAAAUGCUGAAAUCAAAAAACACACACACUCUACAUUCAUUCAUGUAAACAACAACAAUGCUUCUUAAUCAUUUCAAAACCACACUCUUCACUCUCUUCAUCUUCACUUCCUCCGCCGCCGCCACUGUCAAUGACACCACCACGCUCCCACCAGACGCAGUCUCCCUGCUAUCCUUCAAACGCGAAGCAGACCAAAACGACAAGCUCCUCUACACGCUCAACGAGCGCUACGACUACUGCCAAUGGCAAGGAGUCAAAUGCUCACAGGGUCGCGUCUUCCGCUUCGUCCUCCAAGACCUCUCCCUCGCCGGCACCUUCCCCGCGGACACCCUCACGCGCCUCGACCAGCUCCGUGUCCUCACGCUCCGCAACAACUCCCUCACCGGACCCAUCCCUGAUCUCUCACCUCUCACAAACCUCAAAUCACUCUUCCUCGACCGCAACCACUUCUCCGGCGCUUUCCCGCCGUCAAUCCUCUCCCUCCACCGCCUCCUCACUCUCUCGCUCAGCCACAACAACCUCUCCGGUCAGCUCCCGGUUCAGCUCAACCUCCUUGACCGCCUCACUUCCCUCCGGUUGGACUCCAACUCCUUCACUGGCUCCCUCCCUCCUCUCAACCAGACCGAGCUCCGGGUACUCAACGUCUCCGCCAACAACCUCACCGGCCCGGUUCCGGUGACACCGACACUCUCCCGGUUCAAACCGGCGUCGUUUUCAUCCAACCCGGGUCUCUGCGGUGAGAUUGUGCAUAGACAAUGCGGGAAUCGCUCUCGAUUCUUCGAUUCUCCGAACGGCACCGUUUCGCCGUCGGCCCCGCUCGGGCAGAGUGAGGACUCGCAGGGAAUCGUGGUGGUUUCUUCCCCGGAGAGGAAGAAGCACAAGAGAAUCGGGUUGGUUCUCGGGUUAACGGUUGGGGCUGCGAUUCUUGUUGCUUCUUCGCUUGCAGUGAUUGUUGUGUUGGUUAGGGGACAGAGGAAAGGAAAUGGAAGCGGGAAGUUUCCUGUGGUGUCGCCCGGGAUGUCUUCGCCGGCGGCGGUGGAGGUGCGCGGCGAGGUUGGGAGGAGUGAGAAGGUGAAGAAGAUGGAGGAGGCGCACAGGAGUGGGAAGCUGAUGUUCUGCUGUGGGGAGGUGCAGGACUACACGCUGGAGCAGCUGAUGAGGGCUUCGGCGGAGCUUCUAGGGAGGGGGAGAGUGGGGUCCACGUAUAAGGCGGUGCUGGAUUCGCGGCUGAUAGUGACGGUGAAGAGGCUGGAUGGCGGUAAUACGGAGGCGGCCGGCGGGGAAGUGUUCGAGCGGCACAUGGAGGUGGUCGGGAGGCUUCGCCACCCGAAUUUGGUUACUUUGAGGGCUUAUUUUCAGGCCAAGGGAGAGAAGCUCAUCAUCUAUGAUUAUCAACCCAAUGGCAGCCUCUUCAACCUUGUUCAUGGUUCUAGAUCAGCAAGGGCGAAGCCCCUGCAUUGGACAUCAUGCUUAAAAAUAGCCGAAGAUGUAGCCCACGGACUUGCUUACAUACACCAAGCUUCUUCCUUAAUUCAUGGCAACCUGAAAUCCUCAAAUGUCCUACUCGGAGCGGACUUUGAAGCUUGUGUUACAGACUAUUGUUUGUCCUUCCUUGCAGACCCUUCAUUCACUGAAGAUGCUAAUUCUGCGGCUUACAAAGCACCGGAGGCUCGCAAGUCUAGCCAGAGGGCCACUACAAAGUCUGAUGUGUAUGCUUUCGGGGUACUACUAUUGGAGCUUUUGACGGGUAAACAUUCUUCCCAGCAUCCUUUCCUUGAGCCAGCGGAUUUGCAAGAUUGGGUUAGAGCAAUGAGGGACGAUGAUGGCAGUGAAGACAACCGGCUAGAAAUGCUCACAGAGGUCGCCAGUAUUUGCAGCGCGACCUCGCCCGAGCAGAGGCCGGCAAUGUGGCAGGUCCUUAAGAUGAUUCAGGGAAUAAAGGAUAGUGUUUCAAUUGAGGACGCCACAUACGCAGGACUCUCAUAGUUUUGGCUAAUUCUGACUUGGUUUGUUUCAGAGAAAACAAUUUGCAGGCCAAGAUUAAAGGUUAAAGGAUCAUUUUUGCAGCUCUCACGAAUCAUAUACGGUUAAGCACGCGGAUGCAUAAUAUAUUAUAGUUGUAUUGUUGGCUGUGACUGGUUAGUGCGGUGUUAUUCUAAAACUCAAUAAAAUAAGAUUUACAUGAA